AGGGGGGAGGGGGCGGCAGGUGUGCCAGGUCCCAGGGGCCCGCUGGCCUCUGGUUUCACUGCAGCUCUUGGGCAGAAGGGAAUAGAGGAUGAGGAAGAGGAGGCGUUGUGGAGUGCACGAAGGGGAGGAUGGGGGGGGGGGGGGCACCGGGGUUGUGCCCAAAUGUCUCACAGGCAGGCCGUGCAACUUGGGAAAAGGGCUUGCUUGCCCUUGGGGGUUUUCUGCUUACCGUCUUCUUCUGGCCUCGUCGACCUUCUGCUUCCUGCUUCCUUUUGCGGGGGUGGCCUCGCCGUCGCGGCUCUUGGGCCGUGGUUUGUGCGAGAGAGAAAGGGUUGCCACAACGGACAAGACAAGCUGCAUGUCCUAGGGUCUGGCAGCGACGGCGGCGGCGGCGGUAGUGGUGGUAGUGGUGGUGGUGGUAGUGUGAUGAGGAUAGGGUGAUAGGGUGGGGUCAAGAGAUGUGUUGCGCAGAGUGAAGGCAUGCGUGUCUCUUGUCUUUGAGCGUGUUUCAUGGCAAG